CGUUAAAUUAUUUUUGAGAGACAGAACGUGAGUGGGGCAGGGGGAGGGCAGAGAGAGAGGGAGACACAGAAUCUGAAGCAGGCUCCGGGCUCUGAGCUGUCGGCACAGAGCCUGACGUGGGGCUCGAACUCACAGACUACUCCCGGAGCAUGACCUGAGCUGAAGUCGCAUGCUUGACGGACUGAGCCACCCAGGCGCCCCUCAGAAGCCCUUCUUCACAUCCUCAUAAGAGUCUUAGUGGCCCCUUCUUUUUGGACUCUCCCGAGAUGCAAAGAGAGUUUUAGGAGAUGGAAAAAGGAAAGAGGAGAAGGGAGCUAGAAACACAUAUUGAACAGCUGUGUAAGUUUGGGACACUUUGGGUAGACACGGGGUAUGGGGUCUCUGGCCUCUGAGAUAGCCACACAACAAGCAGGACUGUGACAGAUCUCCAGAAGAGUCCUGUGAGGGAGACAGCCAGCCGACAGGGGCCACGGAGGGCAGGGCUUCAGGAGGGGAUGGCCUCCAGGGGCCCUGCUGACCCAGCAUCCUUAGGGUAAUACCCAGAGAGUCUCAGAACGUGAAACACAGACCAGCUUUGUCAAAAUCACUCAGGGAAGUGUCUAUGAAAAUAGCCUGCCUCCCUGCCUCAGAACCCAAAGGAACAGUCAUGAAUCUCCCUCCACCUUGUCCCAUCUUUAGCCACACUCCCCACAGACCACAGCGCACCCAGCCAACCCAGGGAACAGGGGUGAAGACAUGGUUUCUGCUAUCUUAUUGUAGCUGAGCAGUGUUUCCUGUGCCCCAAACUUCAUUAGCACAUUGGUGGUGUCAUUUCCUGUGACGACUCUCUGUUUCCAUUCUGGCAAAAUGUUUGCUCUUUUCUGUCUGCUUUGAGGGUUGGGGGAGGAUGGGCUUCUCACAGAGCCUCUCUCUCGGGCCUCUUGGCAGUUCCCCCCUCCUUGCCCCUCAUACUUCCACCAGAAGGCAGAGAGCGUAGCGUCUCCCUGAGCCACGUCGCUUGGGGGACACCAUACCCGGCUGAGGUCUCGCCUCCGGCACUGUAGCCACAUCCAGAUCCAGGAGAAGUGGCCACAUGCACUAGCUGAUGAGAAUUAAGAGAAGGCUUAGAAGAAGCUGAAGCCAGAGAGGUUCCCAUGGCAAUGGAUAUGAUCACCCCAACCCUUUCAGAAAUCAGAGGGGGGACCUCGGAGGCCAGGACACUGCAGGAAACUGGUGGCAGCCUGGACAGACAUAAAGACCACAGCAGUGCCAUCUUCUCUGGGUUUGCGGGCUUCCUCGCCAUCCUCCUGACCACCAUGAUUUUCUACGGCCUGUGGAACUGGAAUAAAUUGAAGAAGCGACAAGUUCCUUACUUCCGAGUUACCGUCAUGCCCUUACUGACGCUGUCUCGACCCAGACAAGGAGCCAAAAAUAUUUAUGACUCCUUGCCCCAGAGGCAAGAAGACCUGGGGAGACGUCAGCCAAGGAGUAACCGUAUUUUCAGUACCGAGAGCCUCCUCUCCAGACAUUCUGAGACCCCUCCUUCUGAGCAUGUGCCCUCCCAAGCAGGCAAUGUCCUCUGGGUGCACAGAGACCAUUAUCCUGCCAACGGCUAUGCAGUAGGCAUCUAUGACAAUGCCACAGGGCUCCAGAUGCGUGGGGACCUCACUCCCUCAGCACACUAUGUCAAUGUCACAGCAGCCAGAGACUGCCUGAGCAUUUCUUCAGAGGAUUCCAGAGAUUACAUCAAUGUCCCCACGGCGGAACAGAUUGCUGAGACUCUUCUGGCGUCUGCCAACGCCACCCCCACGAACAGUUUUGCCCCCCCAAAUGCUCAGAAGCUGGAGCUUACUGAGGAAAGAGAGCAGGGCUGUGGGAAUGCCAGUGACCACACCAGUUUUUGGUCUCCAAGGUCUGAGAGCGAUGAUCCGCUCAGCGAUGAGGAAAGUUCUUCUGAGACCUCAAAUGACUAUGUCAACAUGGCAGGGUUGAACCUUGAGGCCAUCCACGGGAAGCAGCCCUGGAUGGUUUCUCAGUGCUACAGAGAUUAUGAAAAUGUCCCAUCGGCACAUGCCAGUGGAAACCAGCAGCAGGCGGAGGAAGAAGGGACAUCCUCAAACACAGACCAUGUAGAAGGCAGGACAGAUGGUCCAGGGACCCACGUCCAAUUUGUCAUGCAGUCAGGGAGGUUCCUGGCUCUAGGGGAUUAUGUGACCUCUCUGCCAUCUGCACAGAAGGAGACUAGUCAGAUGAAACAUGGAGAAGAGAUGCCAAAUGAGGCCUCUGAUGACUACGAGAAUGUGUUAGCUGCCAACUUCGGAGACAUGGACCCCAAGGGGCCAGACGCAUAGCUCCUUCCUGAAGAAUUAGGCCCCAGGCACCCAGCUGGAGAGCUAUGGGGAGUAGUCUAUCCUGCCAGAUCCACAGCCACCACAGGGUCUGGUAAAGACCCUUGAACAUCCUUGUAUUUCAGUGGGUUCUCUCAGGUGGAGUAGUACAAAGAGGUCGAGAUACACAGGAGUUAAGGAAGUCACAAAAGCCAAGGUCUGGGAAAGCCAGAAAGGAAUUCUUCUGAAGCAGGGUGCUGUUAUCUCUCAUACCAACCUAAGAAUGUUUGCUGAAACUGCCUUAUAGGAUGGUUAGCAGAUUAAAAAUGCGAUAGUACUUUAGUGCACAGUGGAAACGUGAAGUAGCCUAAAAGCAUUACCUUCACAAAUACCAGCAGGCUGCAAAGCAAGAAUGCAGAUUCGUCUGUAAUCCAGGCAGAGGCCAAAAAGAAGGGACAAGUCAGAGUUGGGGUGGGGCAGCAGCUGCCACUUGAAAAAGAGUGUGGACAACCAAAUGCUAGAGAAAGAUGUGGAACGCCAGGAAUAGUCAUUCAUUGCAAAGUAUAGUAUCCACUUUGGAAAGCUAUUUGAUAGUUUCUUAAAAGCAUGCGUGUAUUAUACAACCCAGCCAUUCCAGUACUAGGUGUUGACCCAAGAGAAUUGAAAAUUUGUGUUCAUGCAAUAGCCCAUACGUGACUAUUUAUAGCAGCUUUAUUCAUAAUGCCAAAACUAGAAAUAACUCAGAUGCCCUUCAACAGGUAAAUGGAAAAACAAACUGUGGUAUAUCCACACAACGAGGUUGUCUAUACUCAACAGGAAAAAGGAAUGAACUAUUGGUUCAUGUGACCACAAGGACAAAUCGUAAGUGCAUUUGGCUAAGUGAAAGAUGCUAGACCUAAAAAUCUACGUAUUGUAUGAUUCCAUUUCUAUGACCUUCUGGAAAAGGCAAAACUAUAUGGAAGGAAAACAGGUCAGUAGUUGUCAGGUUUGGGGAAAGGAGAGAAGUUUACUAUAAAGGAAUUUUUAGGGUGAUGGGGCUAUUCUGUAUUGGUACUGUGGUGAUGGAUACAUGACUCUAUAAAUUUGUCAAAACACAAAAAAACUAUACAGCCCAACGAGUGACUUUUAUUGUAUGUAAUUUUUUUGUAAUUAACCAUGCUGUCAGGGGAAGCCAUGAUGGAAUGCAGAUUAAGACAAAUAAAACCUAACUGUCUUA